CCCCAUUUAGCACUGAGGUUUUUCACUUCUCUGAAUCCAAAAUCCUCAAACUCGCCGGCCUCGCCGCAAGUCGUCGCCGGUGCCGGAAAAUCAUUUUGUCCCCUGAAAAUCUCAUUAGCUCGUAGGAAGUCGUCGUCAAUGGAGAAAACGGAGCUGAAGGAUGAUAAAAGCAAAGAGGUAGAAGAGGAGCAAGUAGUGAACCCAUGGGAGGUAUCAGCAAAAGACGGCGGGAAGAUUGACUAUGACAAAUUGAUCGACAAAUUUGGUUGCCAGAGGCUUGACGAGUCGUUAAUUCAGAGAGUUCAACGUCUUACGAAUCGGGCACCUCAUGUUUUCCUUCGCCGUGGAGUUUUCUUUGCUCAUCGUGAUUUUAAUGAUAUAUUGGAUUCUUAUGAGAAAGGGGAGAAGUUUUAUUUGUACACUGGCAGAGGACCUUCUUCUGAAGCUUUGCAUUUGGGUCAUCUUAUCCCUUUCAUGUUUACAAAGUACUUGCAGGAUGCUUUUAAGGUGCCGCUUGUAAUACAGUUGACUGAUGAUGAGAAAUGUAUGUGGAAGAAUUUGUCAGUGGAAGAAAGCCAAAGACUUGCUCGUGAGAAUGCUAAAGACAUUAUUGCUUGUGGAUUUGAUAUUUCAAAGACGUUUAUUUUCUCUGAUUUUGACUAUGUUGGUGGCGCCUUUUACAAGAACAUGGUCAGGGUUGCAAAAUGUGUCACAUACAAUAAGGUUGUUGGUAUUUUUGGUUUCACAGGUGAAGAUCACAUUGGGAAAGUUAGUUUUCCACCAGUCCAGGCUGUGCCAUCCUUUCCCAGUUCAUUUCCUCAUAUCUUUGGCAAUGAGAACAUUCGCUGUUUGAUUCCAUGUGCCAUUGACCAGGAUCCAUAUUUCCGAAUGACUCGAGAUGUUGCUCCCCGGAUAGGCUAUCACAAGCCUGCUUUGAUUGAAUCAUCAUUCUUUCCUGCGCUUCAGGGGGAGAAUGGAAAAAUGUCUGCUAGUGAUCCAAAUUCUGCCAUUUAUGUGACUGAUUCAGCAAAAGAGAUAAAAAACAAGAUAAACAGAUAUGCAUUCUCAGGUGGACGAGACUCAAUUGAGUUGCAUAGGAAGUACGGAGCAAACCUGGAGGUUGAUAUACCAUUUAAAUAUCUUGGCUUUUUCCUGGACGAUGAUGCAGAGAUGGAACACAUUAGAGAGGAGUAUGGUUCGGGCCGUAUGCUGACAGGUGAAAUUAAAAAGAGGCUAGUUGAAGUACUAACAGAUCUAGUUGAAAGACAUCGACGGGCUAGGGCAGCAGUGACUGAUGAGAUGGUAGAUGCUUUCAUGGCUGUCAGACCACUUCCCAAUAUGUUCAAUUGAAUGACCAAAGUAUAAUUACUUCUGGAACUGUUUUUUUCUUUUCUGUAGUUUGUUACUCGUUAUUGUAACUCAAGUUAUGCUUACAAGAACAACGUCAAGAAGAUGGAUUUGUGGUAUAUUGAACAUGUUAAAAAUGUUUUUUCUGCAUGUACACUUUGCAAUUACAAGAUACACAUCGUGGACAUGUUAAAAUUGGUUUUGCAGACAUGUAUAAGAAUGUUCAGAUCUUAAAAA